AGAGACUGCUGAAGCAGAAAGCAGAAGAGUGUCCACUUGCGGUGCGCGCUUUUGGCGGAAAGCGCGUGAUUUCAGUGGGGGUGCAGUUGUGGUCGGAAAAUCCUCGCCGUGACACAAACUCGCGCCCAAUAUAGGGAAUGUCAGUUGACUGUAGCUCGUGGUGUGCAAAGUGUGUUUAGUUUCAAGUAAACGUGCGGCCCCCUGAGUACCCAAAAUAGGGCAAAUCUUCCUUGGGUCAGAAGAUACCCUUCCCUAUCAAACCACAAAGUACAUCGUGGUUGUGUCGUGACGCGACUGUAGUGGGGACAAUUUAUAUCAAUUUUUAUUCUGCCGCCCACCCUCGCCUCUCGCGUUUUUUUUUAUUAUUAUUGCUUAUGUUGUAAAAAAGAAAACAUGUUAUAAGGAAAAGACGGAAAAGCGUGUGAGCGAGAGAAAGAGUGAAAAGGUGGAAAAAAAAAGAACCAAGGAGAAAAUAAGCUUUUGGGUGAGAGAGUCUCACUGACUAAUACCACAACCAAAUAAUUCCAUAUCACAUCACCGUGUGCGCUUUUAUCCCACAGAAAGGUGGGAGACGACGUCCAAAGUGGUAGGAAGAUUCAUUCGUUCGUGAAGUAUCUGUGCGUGUUUUUUUUUUUUACUAGUUACUCUUAUGCUACCCUGCAAACGGGGGAGCAUAAUCCGGAUCCAUCCAUUGUCUCAGGAUCUCAACAGCAGGUGAAGUUAUUGCGCAGAAUUACCGGGAAAAUGACGCAAAAUUUGAAGUGAAAGGCUCAUAGCCCUAUGUAGCCCUGUAUAGGGGCUGAUACCUGAAAGAUUUUGACGGAUAAUCCGGAUGUGAAGUGUGAUGCUAAAGCAAUGAUUGAUUUUAAUACAUUAUCAGGAUAUCGGCCGAAUUUUUCCAAACCAGAAAACACAUAUAGAUAACACCCAUAUUAAAGGAUAUACACGAAAAACAUGUUCGACUAAAGUGUUGCCAGAUUGGAAGAACUCUGUAAGGUGUUGAAACAUUUUUCUUUCUGCAGUUGCUGUGAUAAAAUGCGAUCAAAAUCCAUUGCUCGAAGAUUCACUCAAGGUAGCAGUGGUGACGAGCUUGAAAGUGGUCGGGGACUCACUUCAAGCCUUGACGUUCCACCUGGACUGCAAGUGAUCCCAUUGAGUCCAUCUGAAGAGACCAAGGAGCACCUUAAGGUGAGAUCGAAAGAUCAACUUUUUGCUGAAAUGGCUCGACAUUUGGGCCCACCUCAAGAGAUUGAAAUGCGAAAUGGUGCAGUGUAUGCUAAGAAUUUAAUUCAUCGGAAUACGCAAUAUGGACCCUUCAUUGGACGAUGGACAAAUGAGCCAUCUGAUAAGAGAUUUGCGUGGGAGAUAAUUGUGCAUGACAACUUAAGAGGGUGGUUGGAUGCCUCCAAAGAAACUUCCAAUUGGCUCAAAUACAUUAGACACAGUAGUUCAAAUAGUGAAAUAAAUUGUCAUCAAUAUCUAGUAGCAGAUCAAUUGUGGUACGAGGUGAUUAGAGACAUUGCACCUGGCACUGAGCUACUUCUUGGACCCAAAGUUCCUCUUCACAUUCGUAACAUGUGCUCAAAUGGACCAAGAGACGACCGCAGUGAUAGAGAAAGUGGUUCUCAACACAGUGGAACAGGAGAAGAAGAUUUCGUCACUUCAUCGAAUGAUUUGGACAACAUCAAAGCGGAAUCAGGCGGUCAACCGGAUCCAGAAAGUGACGACGAGGACGGCAUCGACUGUAAAUGCGUUGUAUGUGAUCGACAAUGUCAAGAUAUUGACCAACUCGAUGAACAUCUAAUAAUAUCACAUCAUUAUCCAAAAGACGCAUUUCGCUGUGACACCUGCUUAAAAGCAUACAGCUAUAGGCCGAUAUUGCUGAGGCACAGGGCUAUAGUUCAUGGAGAGCUGAGGAAAUAUCCCUGCGAGAAUUGUACAAAGGUCUUCACUGAUCCAUCGAAUCUACAACGACACAUUCGUGCUCACCACGUGGGCGCCCGAAGUCACGCGUGUCCAGAGUGCGGUAAAACAUUUGCCACAUCGUCUGGUCUGAAGCAGCACACGCACAUCCAUUCGUCGGUGAAGCCUUUUCGAUGUGAGGUGUGCUUAAAAGCCUACACCCAAUUCUCCAAUCUGUGUCGCCACAAACGCAUGCACGCCGAUUGUCGCAUGCAGAUAAAGUGCACAAAGUGCGGACAGAGCUUCAGCACAGUCACAUCCCUGUCCAAACACAAGCGGUUUUGUGACUCCACAGGCGUCACACCACCGCAUCAUCCAUCGGCUCAGCAGCAAUCAUCGUCAAAUUUGGGCCAGGGAGUUCCAGCGGCUACAAUGACAACACCACCCAAUCCCUUCCUGAUGUUCCGCGGGCCAUCACCCUUCUUUCCACCCAGCUUCUCACCCUACCACAGCUUACCUGGGAUAUUCCCAGCAAGUCCAGCUCAAGCUCCUCCGUUUCCCCUUGGCUUCCCCAAGCCAAGUGUUGAUCUAAGUGGAAUGCAGGACAAUGAGCGUUAUACUCCGCCCAGACAGAUGCAGAACAAUCAUUUAAGGAGAAGGCAUUCUCUGAAGGUGUCCCCUUCAGCUGCGGAGGAAGCUUCGAAUCAUUUACAUCCAUCACCUGCCCGUCCUCUACCUAUUUCAAUGUUGCAUACUAAGGAUACUGGGAAAGGACAUGGUGGAAGUGAAAGGAAUAGUUCAGAAGAAGAUACAAGGUCCCCUACCCUGCAUGACUUCUCCAUUAAGACUCAACUAAGAGAUCAUCGGGAGCGCUCAAUUACGCCCAAAGACAAGAGGAUCAAGGAAAUUGAUGUUGUAAAAACACCAAGGCAGUCCUCGGAUCACGAAGAAUCCUCUGAACGAGAUGAACAUGAGGAUCAGGAUAAGGUUGAAGAGAACAAGGCUAGUUCAUCACCUGAAGCUAAUACACUGUCUGCUCAGUUGCAGAACUUGCGGCGACAGGAGACAAAUGGGCAGCUCGGAGAGCUACAGCCCCUGGACCUGACUGUAUCGCGGAAGCGUAGUCGCAGUAGAACGCCGCAAGAUACCAAAGUACAUCGUGUCUCAACACCACCAUCCUACCAGGCAAGUCCAUCACCAUCUGUCUCACCCGGACCCACGCCACCACCGUCGCCACCUGGCCCACCUAUGGCCUAUCCCCGCCCGAUACAUCCAAUGUUAUUAGAAGCAAUUUACCGACCAUCCGGCUUAGGUGCCUUUCAUCGACCUUUUCCUUUUUUAGGACAAAUUGGCCGUCCUGGCUUCGAUUUACUUAGCCGCAACGAUGGCCCCUUUCCGCCCAAACCCUUCCAUGAGGCCCUGAUGGUGGCCAGGCGCUUCACAGCGGACCUUGGCGGUGCCACUGGCGGUCUGAUCGGUGGCGGUGGAAGUGGUGGAACCACUAAAAAUAAGGAUCGGUACGCAUGCAAAUUCUGCGGUAAGGUCUUUCCACGAUCUGCUAACCUCACGCGCCAUCUACGAACGCACACCGGUGAACAGCCUUACAAGUGCAAGUACUGCGAACGUUCUUUCAGUAUAUCGAGCAAUCUGCAACGACACGUCCGUAAUAUUCACAACAAAGAGCGCCCUUUCAAGUGUCACCUCUGUGAACGGUGUUUCGGGCAACAGACUAACUUGGAUCGACACCUGAAGAAGCACGAAGUAGAUUCGGGUGGAAUAGGGAUUGGCAUGGGAGAUUCCCCGUCGUCCAAUGAGGGAGAGCGCGAGGAUGCAUAUUUCGAUGAAAUCCGUUCAUUUAUGGGAAAAGUGACCUAUUCAGGGGCCCAAGCCCAUCUGUAUGCACCCUUGGGAACUACGGCUAUUGAGACAACCACUGAAGCGGAUGAUGUUAGCGAUCUCGAGAAUGACAUCAACAUUGAGCAUUCCGACUCGAAGAAGUCAAUCAACAAUAAUGAAACCAUCGAAGUGUCCACUUAGGCUUUCACCAAAUAUCUCUAGUUACAACACUAUCUUAUAACACCAUUGUAAAUAAAUAAAAUAUUCUCUCAAUAACUACCACAAAAUUUCACUCCUUAGGCAUCAAUUUCAAUCUAAGAGAUGGUAAACAUUGCAAAAGGAUAUAAGCAAAUAAAAUAAACUAUUGAAUUCAUGAGUAAUAGUUCUAAUAUAAAUUAGCUAAUGACUACCAAUUAAGUGAACAUCCACGCUUUUCAUUUGGGAAGUGUUUCUUUUGGGAUAGUGAAGUUCUAUUUUGGAUUAUAUAAAGAACUCAAAGAAUUCACAAUCACCAUUUAUCUAUUUUUUGAACACCCCUAAAUCGAUUAUUUUCACAAAAAAUCAAGUGAUAUUUUUUUCUGUAUUAGAAAGAAAGUAAACAAAAAAAAUUAUCAAAGAGCAGAGUGAUGCAAAAACUUAGUAAAAUUUCUGAUAUAAAUUAUUUCUAAGGGGCAUUUGACUUUAUAUAUAUUGUAAAAUGUUAAUUUACAAAUUCAAGAAAAAUGAAAAGAAAUAAAAAUGUGAAAAUAUUAUCAAUAAAUUAUUUUUUUAUUUAUUCAAUAUCCACAUAGUCACUGUAAGAAUUUUUGAAGAAAAAAAACAAGCACUUGAAAUAACUUAUGAGAUAAUAAAAUUAUUUAUAUUGGCCUCCUAAGAAAUGGCGAAAGGACAAUUUCCACUAAAAACAAACUAUUUAAAAAAAAAUUAUUAAACAUCCCUUAAGAUUUCUCAAAUUGACUACCAAAUGUGACAUAGAAUAUACAUUGAACUAAAAAUCACGAAAUAGCACAUAAAAUUUAUUGUCGGAUUCUGUCAUAUUUAAAUAAAGAAAAUAAAGAAAUAGUGUAAGAUUUAAAAAAAAAUAUGGGAGGAAGUUAGAUGAAAAUGUUAUUUUAUAGAUAUUGAAAAUGGUACAUCAACAAUUUGAAUUCACAAAUAAAUUACAUGAAAUCAAUCUGAAAA